AUGCAACACCAUGCUGGAUCACGGAAGCGAGAGCGACCCUUGAACUCCUUGAUUGAAGAUGACUCUUCAAAGAUCAAAAGAUCAUGGAGGCAUCAUGGCCGGGCUCCUCCAGAGUCAGUCAGAGUCAAUAGGGAUACUCCCCAGUGGACUAGACAGGGCCAUAGGCAGGGCCAUAGGCAGGGCCAUAGGCAGGGCCAUAGGCAGGGCCAUAGGCAGGGCCAUAGGCAGGGCCAUAGGCAGGGCCAUAGACAGCAGACGGCAUUCUCCAAUCCCACUGGAUCUUUAAAUGAUGAGGAUGGUUCUUCUUCAUUAUUAUUCCAGCCCUACUCCGAGUCAUUCUAUAGUGAAGAUGACCACGCCCCAGAACAGCCAUUACCCCUCAAGGAUAAAGAUCACCAUAUCUCUAUGCAGUCAGCAUCAUCAUCAUCAUCAUCAGAACCCUCACAUUCAUUGGAUUUGCCGUCUCAUCAGCAGAGUGUUGACCCGCUCUUAUCCUCAGAGCAGCUGCACUCAUCACCAGCACCUCCACCAUCUCUUCCCCCCAGGGCAACCCAGCUGCGGAGGCCAGCCACCACUCGCCGUGAUGGUAGCCCACUGCCGCCCCGACGCAUGUGGUCUGAGGAGGAGGAGAGACGUCUUCUCCAGCUAUUUGUCGAGACCGUAGUAAUGUUGAUCUGA